UAACUUUUUUUUUUUACGUCUCGUUGGCUUGUUUGAUAUUUUGCAGAGUGAAUUAAAAAAUAAACCUUUAAAGUAUAUUCAUUUAUUCCAAGUAUUUUUUUAUAAAGUACUCGGUUUUUCAUAGAGUGAUGCGUUUGCAAUAAAAUAUUUAUCAUGAGUGAAAUGGAAUCUUCAUUGUAUGAACUGGAAAGAAUAAAUGAGUACAGAGAAUUAGUUUCCAGCCAAGGAAACCUUUUAACUGGAUUGCUUGAAGAAAAAGACAACCAUAAAAGCGAAACUGAAAAUCGUAACUUGUGUAAAUAUGUUGAAAUAUCAUAUGGAGAAGAUCCACUUGUUGCCGAUGAAACUGUGAAAAAAGUAAACAAUACUUCUCAACAUAAACUUGCCAACGAUGAAGGUUAUAACAGUCACUCUAGUGGGGAGAGUGCUCCUCUUCUUAAAGCAUCUUCUUUAAAUAAACAAGACGAAGCUGGUUAUGAAGUUCCUGACAUCGUUGUCAAACCAGGACAAAAUUUUCCUCGUAGAGCAAAUGAAAAAAAGUUAUCUAUUGCAAAAAUGUGGCAGCGAUAUAGUAAUGAUUUUAAAGAAACCAACAAAAAUGAAGACCAAAAGAACUAUUAUGAACCACCUUCUGAUUCUCUUCAUAACUACUUUCUUGCACAAUAUCGUUAUCCUGUUAUUCGUUUCAUCGUUUGUCUUAUUUUUUCUUUAAUAGUGGCAUCGAGUCUUUUAUUAUUGUUAUAUUUAAUUGCUGGAAUCGAUAUAAUGUUAUGCAUUGUUUUGUCAAUUAUUGUGCAUUUAUUGGUACUGAUUAUGACUGUAACAUUGAUAAAUCGUCAUAUUUUAUGUAUUGCUACGUUACUUUUACCCAGCAUGUUUUCAUCACGCGCAAAACUGAGUAUAGUAAUUUUUAUACUGUUAUUAUUAGUCAUUGGACCUAUUGUAGGAAUAGCCGAGAAACUAAAUAUUGCAAGGACGUGUCAUAAUGAAAAGCUUGAAGCUCAUUUACACAAAAAUGAAACAGUAGAUUAUAAUUUUACAGAAAAUUCAAAAGUUUAUGAAAGUUGUUCGUUAGUUUUGUUGCGUGUUCACAAAUAUUGUCAAAAAAUGGUUGACCAUUUAAUGAAAAAUUGUGCCAGUAAAUUGUUAUCAUCAUCUGAAAGAAAACUUUGUAAUCUAACUCACGAAUCCUUGUGCGGUUUAAAUGAAACAGCCCUUCAAAAGUGCUCAAUGAAAACAGAGAUAACAUAUAAACCAGUUUUGUUUCAAUUUCAUUCGAAUGUUGUUAUAUCGCAAAUAAUUAUGUAUUUUAUGCCUUUCUUGUCAUUACUGUUCAUCUCAGAAGCUUACCGAUACAACAAAGAUUAUUUAACUAAAAAAGAUGAAGAUAAUAUUUACAUAACCCCCGCAUUGCAAAGUUUAGAUCGUGAGAGGAAGAAUCGCGGUCUUUGUGAUUUUGUCGUCCCAUUAACAAGGAUAGAAUUUCAAACUUAUUUGAUACGUAAAAAUUUUUCGUUAUCACGAUGCGAAUGCCUCGCUAUUUUUAAAUGGUUUGUUAUCGCGCUCAGUUGCGGUCUGCUUGUAUUAGUUGUUGUUCUUUUAGAUGAUUGGAUAAAUAGUGCUUUAGAAAACGUACUGAAGUUACAAUGUAAAUAUAACUUUGAUCAUUAUGCUAAUAAAAAGUACCGCAACGUCAUUUAUGCAAUGCUUUGCUUUUUAGUUCUACUGAUAAUGUUUCAAAGUUAUGUAUUGAGGCUAAGAAGUGUUAUAUGCGAUUAUUUUUAUUUUGAUGUUGUCAAUAUUCGCUCGAAGCAUUUAUACUACAAGAUACUUCAUGAUCGACAUUCAUUUGCUCGACAUGUUCGUCGUAAAGUAGAACUAAUGUCGGAACAAAAACGUUUAGCAUCAAAAAUAUCAUUUGCUUCAAAAGUUUUUGAACUGUUACCACAGCAGGCGCAAAACGCAUGUUUGAAACUGGCAAUACGCUCUUGCAUGGUGUGCGAUUCGUUGACCUAUUAUAAAACUGUUGAAUGCGAGCAACAGUCUUGCAAAGCUCAUUAUUGUUUUGAAUGUUUUGUUGACGCUGGUCAGUGUUGUUUAAGGUGUCAAAACAGUGAGAAUAGUAACAAAAUUAGAGAAAUCACCUCAGUACCUGUUAGAAAAAGUACCUCUGUACCUGUUUCAGUAUCUGUUUAGUUUUAAAUAUACCUAAAAAUAUAAAAAUAUUUUAUCUCAA